AUGAAUUCAUACGCUGAGAGACUCGCCUCAUUCACGUCAUGGCCACAUGUGUGUCCAAGUGCCUCUACCGUAGCCCGUGCUGGCUUUCGCCGAGAAUACGACCCUACUUUUCCGUCCCCUGAUCUCACUGUAUGCUCACUAUGCGGCCUUGAUCCUUGUGACUGGGACAGUGACGGUACUCCUACUCUAUUCGAUUUCCACGCUACUCGAUUACCGGAGUGUCCAUUUGUACGUGCAACACAGCAGAAGAAGAAGCACCGGAAUCAGAAGACUCGCCAGCAAUAUACGAGAAGGUCUCUACAAGCCGUCACUCAGCAAGAGGAGGAACCAUUGCAGCAGGCAAAUGCGGAGAACACUGCGGAGAAAUCAAGCGACAAUAAGGCCACCAUCAGCAAGAACACGGCUCAGCUCUCCACAAUCCCACGUCAUAUGCUCUCCACGGUUCCACGUCAAAUCACCACUCAGCAGGCGGAGAACGACACUACAAUUUGGCCUGGUAUCUCUGCGUGCCUCAACAAUAUCACAUUGAUAUGGUAUAUCACUGGAAUGACGUCACAAGAGGAGGAUCUACUGCGACGAUCACAGCCAAUUGGAUCUCUUCAGGACGGAGUUCGGACGAUGCAUAUCUGGACGAAUUGA